GCAGAGCAGAGGACGUCAACAUAGAAGACAACAACAGUUUAUUCAUAUUCAAAGUCGAAAGCAAGGUUCCAGCAACCACUGAAUGGCUGUCAUUUCCUGGACAUUAUCCGAGGCUUGAUACUGACCAAUAUUCUAACUUUUCGGAGCGAUUACAACAACUCCAGAAUGGAAGUGGCCCUGGUAUCGUAUGCAAAUACGUACGCUGACGUAGUUGAUCAUGUGGUUUUUGGCGUAGAUCCCCCUGCGAACGCGAAUUUUUUUCGACUGUUGUCUGGCGGAUUCAGUCGAAUCUGUAGAAUAAAUCGUCGUAUUCGGUUGUUUUCGUCUUGAAAGACACGUUUUGGAGCCCGUUUACUGUUGCCCGGCAUCACAGCACAUGAUACGUGGUGGACAGAUUGGGUGAUCUGGGAUGAAGUCUCAUGAAUUCCCUCAUUGGAGCUGACAUUAACAGUCAGCAGGAACAACAAGUGCAUAUUCUUCACAAGACAGAAACAUCCCCUCCUCACCCCCGCUGUCAUUUCCCCUACAACGUCCGUCUAACAGUCCAAGGUGACCUACGCAUUCAAUGGCCGGCCGAAGGAAGACCACAACCCCUUGUAGAGCUGAUGCUUCUGUUAGAGCUGAUUACAUGAUGGGGCAGGAGGAUCCAGGUGAGAUGGAGGUAUCGGCGAACGACAAAAGCACAGUGGUGAAUGGAUCCACAGAGAUGCUUCCUGGAGAGGACUGGAGCUCUGGGACAGGGCCUAGUGGUUCACGCCAGGAGUCGCCGGUCCCUGAGAAACCUAAUGCGGUGGAUUCAAGGCCACAGAGGAAGCAGCAGGGAGGCUACGAAUGCAAGUACUGUCCGUUCUCUACGCAGAACCUGAAUGAAUUCAAGGAGCACGUGGACUCCAAUCACCCCAAUGUCAUUCUCAACCCGCUCUACCUGUGUGCCGUGUGUAGCUUCAACACAAAGAAGUUUGACACCUUGACAGAGCACAACGAGAGGUGUCAUCCAGGGGAGAGCAACUUUAAGUUCAAGAGAAUCAAACUGAACAAUCAGACCAUCCUAGAGCAGUCGAUAGAAGGAGCAAGCAACGCCGUCGUCUGUGAUUCAACCAACGGCAUUCUUACUGGAGAAGAUUUCGCCACUUUCCCCCUGUGCAAAUCUACGACGGUGAAGAUUAGUAAGCCAAAAAUAGACAACAAACGGUUAUUGACAGAAAGUCAAUCGGACAGACUCAACCCCGAGCUCCACAAAAAGCAGAUCGCCGCCGUGAAUAUGAACGGGACCGUGAUCAUCCCAGAAGCGACCCUAAAAGAUGGCGUCUCACAUAUCAUGCCUUCUCUUCAGCGCCCGCCAAACUACAACUUAGUACCAAAAAUCGCUGUCCCUUUGAACACCUCCAAGUACAACCCUUCACUGGACAAUAACCUGACACUCAUCACAUCCUUCACCAAGUUCCCGUACCCGACCCAAGCGGAGCUCUCCUGGCUUACCGCUGCCUCGAAGCACCCCGAGGAACAGAUCAAGGUGUGGUUCACCCUCCAGAGACUGAAACAAGGCAUCAGCUGGUCCCCUGAAGAGGUGGAAGAAGCUCGGAAGAAGAUGUUCAACGGUACCAUCCAGUCAGUCCCACAGACCACUUUCACCGUGCUGAGCGGUGCCCAGCUGGCCCAGUCCACCAAAGGACAACAGUCCCUAGUUCAAUCCGUCCCCUUCAACCUCCUGGGACAGACCAGUUAUGUGUUGACGCCGGUUACAAACGGCUCAGCUGUCAGUUGUUCUCCCAUCACGCUAACCAUGGCAAACCAGGUGGUGCAGUCUGUCAAGCGACCCUUGGCAGCUCCAGUAGUGGCCGCUUCAGAGAUCAAACGUCCCUCCAUAAUCCAGACGAUUCAGGCACCUACACUUAGACUGGUGGCUUCGCCUAAACCCAGCUUCACGUCAGACUCUAAUAAAACCCCGGACCAGAUUGUGGUGCUGAAAGCUAGUUACACCCAGUGCCAGUUCCCUGAAGAGGAGGAAGUGUACCGUCUCAUUGAGUCCACCGGCCUCUCUAGAGGAGAAAUCAAGAAGUGGUUCAGUGAGCAAAGACUCCUCAAUUACAAGGUGGCGCCACAGGUGAUCAAGAUUGAGCCCCAGGCAUUGAAAGACAGUCAGCCCAAAAAGGCUGUCCCCACCCAGUUUCCUCUCCUGGAGAGGCUCAAAGGCAAAUCCUCUGAGCAGCUCAAGAUGCUAGAGGAGAGUUUUCAGAGGACCAGCUCCCCCACUGAAAUUGACGUCGACAACCUCGUUGUGGACACAAGGCUCUCCAAGACUGAGAUCGACUGCUGGUUCUCAGAGCGCAGAGCGCUGCGGGACAACUUGGAGCAAGCCCUGGCAAACUCCCUGGGUCCUAAGAGCCUUGAGGAGCAACGAGGGAUACUGAAUAGUGUUUACGAGCAGGACAGCAAAGUCCGGUGCUCACCUCUUCCCAUUGUCACCACUUCCACCAGUCCUGAGCCCAUCGACAGCAAAUCCCUGGGGCUUCUCAAAGAGGUGUUCACCCAGACCCAGUGGCCGUCACCAGAAGAGUACAGCCAGCUGGAGGGCCAGACAGGUUUGUCUCGCACAGAGAUUGUCCGCUGGUUCAAGGAAAACCGAUCCGCCCUGACGAAUGGAACAUUGGACUGGAUGGAACCGUUUCAGAAAGUCAACGGCAAAGCAGGACCGAAUGGUCAGAGCUCGUCGACGUCAGCGAUCCCAGAACGACCUCCAAGCAGCAUUCUCGAGCAGCACUUCACAGAAGCCAAGACGACACUGCUUUCAGCAGAAGAUGCAGAGAAGCUUCCAUUGCAGUCGAAACUCAUCAACCAGGACAUAGUCCAGUGGUUUACCAGCAAGCUGGGCCAGAGUAUGACGGACAUCAGCAGGGGCAGGGACCAACAUGGACAGGCCAGCGUGGACAGAAGCAGAUGGGUGAAGGUGACCAUGGCUGUAGGGGACGAGACUAAAGGUGCUUUGGAGAACCAGAAGAUGGGAUCCGAGGCAGAGGUGCUGAUGGGAGACCAACCUGGUCGGGUGACUGGAUGAAAAGAACAUGAGGACAACAUUAGAGGAUGCUGAGUUUCUCAAACAGAAGAUUCUCAAGAUUGUUGAAUCUGGAACCAAUGAUUUCCUACCUGGCCUAUAACAUCAGGGGCACAGUGGACGGUAGAGUCCACUCAGAACACUGACUGGCAAGACCAUUGAGUGCCAAAGCUGGACUUGAUACAUUUAUUGUUAUUAUUACACUUAUUAAAAAGGGCCUUGUAAAUAUUUUUCUGUAUUGCAAAAGCUUUGUAAACAUUUUCGGGGUUGAUGGUUUUUACAUUUAUAACAGGAGUCCCCCAAUAACCUCUAUUAGAACAAUGUUUUCGUUUUUAUGACUAUGAUGGUAAUUGUAAACCAAUUCAUCAGUUGGUAAUUUUGUUUUAAAAAACAACAAAACAUUUAAAGUGACUAGCAGCUGGUCAUAGAUGGCACUUAUUUCACGUGGACAGACAAGUAACACUUCUGAUCUGAUAACCAGUGAGUUCAUCCAUUGGACUAGAAUCACCUAGCCUGGGUACCAAAUGUUUGGCAUAUGACAAGGAGUGGAUUGAUAGCACAAACAGGUCUGCUACCCAGGCUAAGAAUCACCUACUACAUUACAAUAACAGUUCCCUCUCUCAUGCUAAACACUACCGUUGCCUGAGAAUACAGUCAGCCACGGAAUGGACAUGAAUAAAAACA